UUUACCACUCCGCGAUGUGCAGUUCUUUUGUGUACAGUUGAUUUAACCAAACGCGCUCUUUCAAAACAUUCUCAUGGGGUAAAUACCGAAAAAAUAAUUUUGUGGACUAAAAAGUCCCAUUUUAAAGCAUAUUGGAAGUCGUUUGGCUUUAUUUUGAAGCUUCGCAAGCUUACCUUAUUGGAGUUAGUUUAGCUUAGCUCGCUAGCUAAAACACGUUAACGCAUUCCGAUUGCUUUGGCUUAACGCCACUUCUGAUUUGUAAAGUUUGUUUUAAGAAAAGAAUCGAUCGGUUAACAAACACGAGAGUGAUUACAUUUAAUUGUAUAAGACGCUUCUUGACUUGUCUUUAAAAUGUUUCAAAUUACUACUAAGUGAACGCCAUCGCACUCCCAAACAUCCAAGACGAUGAGGAGAGGAAAUCCAGGUCAUGAUGAACAACUGAAAAACAAAAGAAAAUGAGGUGUCCCACGAACGUUACUGUAGAAGAUCUCCAACCUGAGAAUCACGAUCCCCACCACGUUAAAGAGGAAGAUGAGUCCGAGAUGCCGUACAUCAAAAAGGAGGCAGAGCCUGAGACCCCCGACAUUAAAGAAGAACAACAUCAAGUUGAAAUCCCCAAGUUUCCAAUGCUUGUCACCAUGAAGAGUGAAGAAGACGAAGGAACAAGCGAAGAGAGCGGAGCAGCAAACGCUUCAAGCGACAGCUCAUCUCAGCACCUGACAUCAAAAGGAGAGGAACAAUCCCAACCGGAAGGCCUCUUAGCUCCGCUUUCGGACAGCGACGACAUAACGUCACACUCUUCUGACACUGAUGAGGAGGAUGCUGGCUUUGACCAAAAUGCUUCGAAAUCCUCAAACAAGUCAUCGUUGAAAAGAGACACAAAGGAAUGCGCUGUUAGAAAACCUUUUCCCUGUUCACUUUGUGAUAAAACAUUUUCUUUGAAACAUCAUUUAACGACACACAUGCGUACACACACCGGGUUGAAGCCUUUCGCCUGCACACUUUGUGAUAAAAGGUUUUCUCAGAAGAUUACUUUAGAAGGACAUAAGCAUACACACCCUGGAGAAAAGCCUUAUGCCUGCACACUUUGUGGUAAAAGAUUCAAUCAGAAGGGAGAUUUUGUAUCGCACACAAGAAGCCAUGCUGGAGAGAAGCAUUUCGUCUGCACAUUUUGUGGUAAAAAAUGUUCUCGAAAGACUCAUUUAGUAAUACAUAUGCGCACACACACCGGAGAGAAACCUUUUGCCUGCACACUUUGCGAUAAAAGAUUUUCUCAGACGACUCAUUUAAAAAUACAUAAGCGCACACACACUGGAGAAAAGCCUUUCGCCUGCACACUUUGUGGUAAAAGAUUGUCUCGGAAGGCUAAUUUAGAAAUACAUAUGCGUACACACACUGGAGAGCAGCCUUUCACCUGCACAGUUUGUGAUAAAAGAUUUUCUCAGAAGACUUAUUUAGAAAGACAUAAGCGUAGACACAUUGCAGAGAAGCCUUUUGCCUGCACAUACUGUGGUAAAAGAUUUUCUCAGAAUGCUUAUUUAGAAAGGCAUAAGCGUACACACACUGGAGAAAAGCCUUUUUUCCUGCACAUAUUGUGAUAAAAGAUUCUUUGAUAAGAGAAUUUUAAACAGACACACAAGCAGACACACUGGAGAGAAACCUUUUGCCUGCACACAUUGUGGUAAAAGAUUUAUUGAGAAGGGUUGUUUAAAGGAACAAGAACACACACUGAAGAGAAGCCUUUCACCUGCACACUUUGUGGUAAAAGAUUCGUCGAUAAGAGUGAUUUAAACAAACACGCAGACACACAGGAGAGAAGCAUUUCGCCUGCACACUUUGCGAUAAAAGAUUUUCUCAGAAGACUAAUUUAGAAAUACAUAAGUGCACACGCUGGAGAAAAGCAUUUUGCAUGCUCACUUUGUGGUAAAAGGUUCGCUCAGAAAGGAAAUUUAGUAACGCAAGCAAGAAGCCACACUGAGUAAAAACCUUUGAAUUGCAGCGUGUGACAAAAUAUUCUUAUUCCUGGCACGCAUUUACAGUGGAAAAAGCAUUUCAAUUUCCUUAUUCAGUUUUCCUUGAGCCUCUUUUGAAAAAGUUGUUGAAAUGAUUUUUCAGCCGCUGUUCUUUUUCUAUCCUAUAUGUACUGUGUAUAUUGAAUAAAUUGCGUUACAUGUC